AUGAUAUUUCCGUCGCGCAAAAGAUCCAACGUUGGGAUCGUGGAAAGCUGCAGGUGGCUGGUGCUGGGAUACUUGGUUAUGGGGAUGGGGGUGGAAAGAGUUUGGGGGAAAAUCACACUGGAUAGUGUGAGGGAAAUUACGGAGGCUACGAGGGAGGGGAGGGAAAGGGUGGGGUGGGGUGAGGGGGGUGGUGGUGGUGGUGGUGGUGUUGGGAGUGGAAAGGGGGUGGAGAUGAGAAUGGGGAUGGGGAUUUAUGGGGAAGAGGGAGGGGGGGAGGGAGUAGGAGAGGGGAAGGGAGGACAGGUGAUUAUGGGGACUGGAAGUGCGGGUGGAGAUCGAGAUGAGAUUGAGAAUACGGUAACAGCGGCUCUGCAUAUGCUCUGCUCGGAUCUAUUGGUUGAGCUGGAGAAACCUCUCUUAGCUUUUUCUUCUUCAUCCUAUUCCUCCUCUCCAUUCGUGUCUUUCGGGAAUACGCAGAUUCUAGCUGACAGGACGAAGGGAGAAGUAAAUUGUACACAGGUAAAAACAGAUUUUGAUGAUUUACUGAGGGAAACAACAUGGUUUUUGUAUCAGGUACAGGAACGCCAGAUGGUGUGGAGGUGGGCGAGGGGAAGCGCGGUUCAGGAGGGGGUGGUGUGGUUGCAGGGGUUGUGGGCUAGCAGGAGAAGUAAUUCACAAGAUAGGAGCUUUAUCGAACAGCAAUUGGAGUUGUAUAAAGGCACGGAAUGUUUUGAGAAGGUGAAUGAUGAGGUUUUGAGGAAGGACAUUGAGGUUGUGGAGUAUUUGAAUGAUUUGAUUGAGAUGUUUCCUUGAUGGAGGUGGGGACUAGGGCUGGAGGUGGAGGUGGAGGUAGAGGAAGACAAGAGACGGAUGAUGACGGGGUGAUUAGCAUUGCUAUGGUGGUAUAGAACGCUGCGAGGAGUACAUUUAUCGAAAGGGGAUGCAAGAUUGUUCAAUAGGACAAUGAUUCGGAAAGCGGAUGGGGAGUCAAUGGAGGCGGUGUUCAACAAUGACGAGAAUUGAGCAUGGAAAAUGCGUGUUAUUGGAUUGUCAAUAGAUUGAAGUUUGCUAUUUUUGUAUGAGUAGUAUACAUAUCAUUCAGCAAUAGGUAGGAGCACAAUAGAGGAUCAGUAUUGGGACAGAAUGGCACUUUCCUACACUCUGUCUCCAAUUUCCUAUGUUUACGGGAAUUCUACUAUUUGAGAACAUAACUCGAAGUAGAGGAACAAUAAGGAUAUCUCCC